AUGGCUCAGGACAGUGAGACUCCGACGGCUGCCGACAAGGGCAAGGGCAAGGCUGUCGAGAAGGCCGAAGAUGCUAAGAAAGACAAGGAGCCCGUUGUCAAUGGGAAGAAGGAUGACGAGAAGGACGAAUCCACAGAGGAGCUCAACGAGGAAGAUCAGCAGCUCAAGAACGAGCUGGACAUGCUCGUCGAGAGACUGACAGAAUCGGACACCUCGCUUUACAAACCCGCCCUCGAGGCAAUGAAGAACUUCAUCAAGACUUCUACAUCCUCGAUGACAGCAGUGCCGAAACCCCUCAAGUUCCUACGCCCUCAUUAUGUCAACUUGACGAAGCUACACGAGGAGUGGUCUGCAGGUGACGACAAGACUUCGCUCGCAGAUGUUUUGUCGGUGAUAGGCAUGACCUUCUCUGAUGAAGAUCGACAAGACACCCUCAAAUAUCGCCUCUUGGCUCCGACGUCAGACAUCGGCUCGUGGGGUCAUGAGUACACCCGGCAUCUCGCCCUCGAGAUCGGCGAAGUCUACGGCAAGCGUAUCACCGCCGAUGAGAGCACAAAGGAUCUUGUGGAUCUUGCCUUCACUCUUAUACCUCUGUUCCUCAAGAGCAACGCAGAGGCAGAUGCUGUUGACUUGAUGAGCGAGUUGGAGAUUAUUGAGAAGCUUCCGGACUUUGUCGACCAAGACACCUACGCCAGAGUUUGUCUGUACAUGGUCUCCAUGGUCAACCUCCUCACAUACCCCGAUAAUGAUCAAUUCCUGCGAGUGGCGCAUGAUAUCUAUAAGCAGUAUAAGCAGCACACCCAGGCCAUGGUUCUUGCUAUUCGACUAAACGACAUGGACCUGAUCAGAGCCGAUUUCGACCAAGCUGCCGACCCCGCCUUGAAGAAACAGCUCGCAUUCCUCAUUGCUCGCCAAAGGAUAUGGCUGGAUUAUCCUACGGAGUCUGAGGAGGAUCAGGAGAUCACAGAGUCUCUCUGUAACAUAAGAUUAUCAGAACACUUCAAGUCCCUUGGAAAGGAGCUCAACCUGCUCGACCCCAAAACCACCGAGGAUAUUUACAAAAGCCAUCUGGAGAGCAGCCGCGUUGCAGGCAUGACUAACCUGGAUUCGGCGCGCCACAAUCUAGCUGCUGCAUUCGUCAAUGCCUUUGUCAAUGCCGGCUUUGGUAACGACAAGAUGAUGCUUGUUGAUAAGGACACGGGCAGCUGGGUCUGGAAGACCAAGGACGAAGGCAUGAUGUCGACUGUCGCUUCUCUUGGUACCCUACUUCUCUGGGAUAUUGAGAACGGCCUUGACAAGAUCGACAAGUACACAUAUGCAGAGGAGGAGCAGAUCCAGGCCGGUGCUAUGCUUGCGAUCGGUAUCAUGAACGCAGGUGUUAGGCUAGAUUCCGAGCCUGCCCUUGCGUUGCUUGGCGACACCGAUAAGCUAGAGCACAAGAACCCUCUCAUUCGUGUGGCUUCUAUCAUGGGUCUUGGUCUGUCUUAUGCUGGCUCAAACAAGGAGGAACUGCUCGAGAAGCUGCUUCCCAUCAUCACGGAUGCAUCCCAGGACAUGCAAAUAUCCGCCAUGGCGGCACUCUCCUGCGGUCUCAUCUUUGUUGGUUCAUCUCACCCGGAAGUUAGUGAGGCUAUCGUGACAACCUUACUUGAUGAUGACCGAAAGAGCCAGUUGACAGACAAGUGGACGCGUUUCUUGGCACUUGGUCUUGGUCUUCUCUUCUUCGGCCGGCAAGAGGAGGUGGAUGUGAUCUUGGAGACGCUCAAGGCUGUCGACCACCCUACUGCGAAGCCUACUGCAGUAUUGGCGGAGAUUUGCGCUUGGGCUGGCACUGGUGCCGUCCUGAAGAUCCAAGAGCUCCUGCACGUCUGCAAUGAGCACAUUGAGGAAUCUGAGGAGAAGAAGGGUGAUGAGCUGUUGCAAGCAUAUGCCGUGCUUGGUAUCGGCCUUAUUGCCAUGGGUGAAGAGGUUGGCCAGGAGAUGGUGCUACGCCAAUUCGGUCACCUCAUGCACUAUGGUGAGGCGAACAUCAGGCGUGCUGUACCCUUGGCGAUGGGAUUGGUGAGCCCAAGCAACCCCCAGAUGAAGGUCUACGACACCCUGUCUCGUUACAGUCACGACAAUGACAAUGAUGUUGCACUGAACGCCAUCUUUGCCAUGGGUCUUCUCGGAGCCGGCACGAACAAUGCCAGACUGGCACAGCUGUUGAGGCAGCUGGCUAGCUACUACCACCGCGAUCAAGAAUCCCUGUUCAUGGUCAGAAUCGCUCAGGGUCUUCUACACAUGGGCAAGGGCACUCUUUCCGUUAGCCCCUUCCACACCGACAGACAGAUUCUCUCCCGUGUAUCCGCUGCUGGCUUGAUGGCCGUGCUUGUUGCCAUGAUCGACGCUAAGCAGUUCAUCACAUCUAACUCUCACUACCUCCUCUACUUCCUAGUCACUGCGAUGCACCCACGCUUCCUUGUCACCCUGGACGAGAACCUGAAGCCUCUGACCGUCAACGUCCGCGUUGGUCAGGCUGUCGAUGUUGUCGGCCAGGCUGGUCGACCCAAGACCAUCACUGGUUGGCAAACCCAGAGCACACCUGUCUUGCUCGCGUACGGUGAGAGAGCUGAGCUGGAGGACGAGGAGUACAUCAGCCUGAGCAGCACCCUGGAGGGCCUAGUAAUCCUGAAGAAGAACCCAGAAUGGGAGGAUGGCAAAUAA